AUGGGAAUCGGUGCCAACAUCUCGCCGCCCCUCAUGCGGCCGCCAGAGCUCUCCCCAUCAGAUUCAACACCACCAUCAGUACCCACGCCGCCGGCCGAACCCACGCCCAACCGUCCUCCCGGAGGCGCCGCUUUUCUGCGCCGUCUCCACACUGACCCAAAUAAGCUCGACGAGCUCGACAGCUACGAUGGCCUUCAGGCGCUGGCCGACCCCAGGCCAGUAGGCCCCCCGCGCCCCGUCUUGUCGGAGCGCUCGGGUUCGUUUAGCUCGACGACACACCCGCGCAGCGUCGCCAUUGACAUGAACGGAGACGAGGACACGGAACGGUUGCGCAAGGUGAACUGGGAGGCGUUUGGCGUCGCGUAUGCUGCUGGUCGGUUCGAUCCUGUGCGGAUACCCAACAUUCCGGACCCGCACGAGACGACGGCGACGAUCACUGUGGGGACGACGGUCACGCAACAGUCGAGCGCGCCACUAUCCAGCUCAGCGUCCAUGCCCUUGUCUCGUCCCACAUCCGAGGACAGCAAGAAGGCGCCUCGUCGCCCCCCUUGGAAGUCGGCCCCGUCCUCGGCUACGGAUGGGUCGUCGGCCUCGCCGCUCUCCCCUCCGCCACUGACACAUGGUCCUGCAGUCGCGCGGCCGGUUGUGCCCCUCGGCGUCCCGCAGCCUACUCAGCCGCUGUCAAUGGCGGCCUCCAUGGCUGGAAGACAAAAGGCCAUGGAGCUCGAGAACCUCCCAUCGCGCCCCCGACCAGAACCCGAGAAGCUCGAGUUUCCCCCGGGGUAUGCUGUCGCGGCCGCCACGGUUCGCAUGGCUUCAUCGACAAUUCCAGAGGCAAUGUUCUCGCCACUGGGAGCGCCCAGCCCGGAACGAGAGCUGGUCGACCCUUUAUCGUACUUUGUGGGCACCCCGCCAAUUGGUUCGACAAGCGACAGCCCCAAUGGUUCGGUGCAGGGGGGCUAUGCCAUCAGCCGGAGCUUGUCCCUCGCUGCCAGUGGGUCUGGGUCGAGCAAUCACUUGCUCAAUGACAUGUCCCACUACGAGGCGAGCCCCAUGGGUACACCAUUCAAUGAAGGGCCAUCCCGCACUAGCUUUGAUCUAAGCCGGGGCACCAAGCCCCGCGUUCAGAGCAGGCUGGGGAGUGGGGUCAUUGACUCUGCAGACGACUACUUCAGCUCUGUGCCCCCGCGCCGCUCGACAGGUGUUACCCCAGUCCACUCGGAUCCUGGUGAGAACCUUAUCCCUACCGUAGUCCACCCCAGCGAGCUCGGCGCAUUCUACUAUCAGUACGGCUUCUUGCCGGCCAUGGAGCCGCCAAACGAAAAGGAGCGCCUCAAGGCCCUAUACUCUUACAACAUCUGGCACUCGGCUGGUGACCCCAACUUUGACCGCAUUGUCCACAUGGCCAAGCUCGUGUUCAACACCCGACUCGUGCUCCUCAACUUUAUCGACUCGGAUACGCAGUGGCUCAAGUCACAGACCGCCUUUGCCCGCCCCGAGCGAGCAAGAAACCAGACAAUGUCGGCACACGCGAUUCUCAACAACAGUCCCGAGCCGUUCGUCGUACUAGACACGGACACUGACUGGCGAUUCGUAAACAACCCACAUGUUCUGGAAGAGCCGCAUGUCCGGUUCUACGCUGGCGCACCGUUGCGUACAUCUGAUGGCUACAACCUCGGAACCCUCUGCAUCCUGGACGACAAGCCACGGAAGGAAUUUACCCCGCGGUCGAGGCACAUUCUGAAGGAGUUUGCAGCCGUCGUAAUGCGCGAGAUGGAGCUUUGGCGUGACAAGCUCCAACUCGCCACCCGCGACAAGAUUCAGACGUCGAUGGAGAAGUUUACGCGUGAAUGUCUCGAGAUUGACGACAAGUUUGUCGGCGCAAACUUUGAAGCUGCGAGCCGCAUGGACCAGGUCUACAGCCGUGCCGCCAAGCUCGUCCGCACAACCCUCGAGCUCGAUGGGUGUACCAUUCUCGACAUUAGCCAGCUCGAGCGCAUCACCGUCUCUAGUGGCGACAGGAAAAAGUUCAUCUACCGCGCCAACCCCUAUGCCCCGGGCGCAGACGCAGCGGUUCUGGAGCAAUCCGACACAUUCGGACCGAUCUCUGCGUUCCCUGUACUCGCCUCUGCGCCUUCCACGCCGCCCACGCGCCCUCUCACUGCGUUUGAGCACGAGAGGUUGUCCGACUUCUUGUGCAACAACCGCGACGGCAAAAUCUUUGAAAACGUGGUGCCAACAUGGAUCCGGUACAUGUUCUCGUCGGCGCUGAAGUACGCAAUGGUCGUCCCAGUGUUUGGCAUGGACGGUCAACCAUUUGCGUUGAUCUGCGCGUACACGCUGGACAAGGGCAAGCAGUUCCUCGAAGGAUACGAACUUCAGUUCCUCCGCGCCAUUGGUGUCAUCAUCCUGUCGGCAGUCCUCCGCCGCCGCAUGGUGCUCGCCGACCGGUCCAAGAGCGUUCUCAUCUCAUCGGUCAGCCACGAGUUGCGAACACCGCUACAUGGUAUCCUGGCCGCCGCCGAGUUGCUCAAGGACACGCCGCUCGACCACGACCAGCAAGCAUACUUGGCCACCGUCGCCACCUGCGGCAUGCAGCUGAUCGAGACGGUCAACCAUGUCCUCGACUUUACAAAGCUGUCUGGUGCCACAAAGAACGGUGCUACCACUCGCCAGAUCAAGUUUUCAACAGUCAACCUUGCCAAGGUUAUUGAGCAGACUGUGGAGAGCUGCUGGAUGGGACAGCGCGCCCGCGCGAUGCAGGUUGGCGACUCGGAUCUCGGCAGCUUCUAUGCCCCGCCACCGCUAUCACUAUUACCGUACGACCAACGUGUCAACAUCAGUCGCAACCUCUCGGGUGUUGAAACAGUCAUCGACAUUGGCUUGCGCGCCAAGGGCUGGAACGUCGUGUGCGAAUCUGGUGGCCUGCGAAGAAUACUCAUGAACCUCUACGGCAACUCGCUCAAGUUUACAAAAGAAGGAUACGUCCAGGUCAUUCUGAGGGAGGGCCAGCACUCGCCUGGCGCCAAGCGGUUCCCAGUUGAGCUUUCCGUGGUCGACACCGGAAAGGGCAUUGGCAAAGACUUCCUCAAGGACCAGCUUUUCCACCCGUUUGCGCAGGAGAACCCGCUCCAGCCCGGUACCGGUUUGGGUCUCUCAAUCGUCAACAGCAUUGUGCGCUCCGACGCCGUGAAUGGCGACCUCGAGGUGUGGUCUGCCGAAGGCGUCGGCACCCAGAUCCGUGUCACGUUCGAAGUCGAGGUAGCCGACGAAGAGGACGAGGACGAGGACGGUGCCGCCAGUUGGUUUGGACAGGGCUACACGAUUGCUUUCUCAGGUUAUGAUCCCCGCCAUACUGGUCAUCAGCUCAGCAUCGAGGUGCUUGGCAACUAUGCGGCGAACCGUGGCUUUAAAGUCAUCGGCGAUGUCAACUCUGCCGACAUUCUCUUCGUCAAUGAUGUCGCCGGCGUCACAAACGAAAUCAAGACGUUUAGCCGUGAACCCGGUACCGACCGACAUGAUACGUACACACGUACAAUGCCCAAGCCGGUGGGACCGACUGCCUUUAUUGCAGAGCUCGACAAGGCAGUCAAGUGGCUGGAGAGCCACCGCGAUCUCAAGACGAUCGCUGGGACGAUGGAAACGAUCAGAAUCGAUUCGUCGGAUAGCGAGAAUUACAUGCCGACGGCUCGUCCUAGCCCGCCGCACCGCGAAAUGUCGAGCGACAGCACCAUGUCGACGGACACUGUGAUCAACGGCGGAAGUGGCCGCCCGACGCCAGAAGAAGAACCACCGAUUUCGUCAUCACCGUCGUCGCCGACAUCAACCAUGUCGACCAUCUCACUCGCUGACGGCGGCGCAAUGCUCAAGGCGGCGACCAUCCCCGCUGACGUGCUCAUCAACCGACGCCCUCGCCCCGCGCGCGUCAUGGUGGUCGAGGACAAUGCCAUCAACCGGCGUGUCCUCGCUGCUUUCCUCAAGAAGCACGGGUUCGAGUAUGCCGAGGCGAUCAACGGUGCUGCCGGUGUCGAUCUGUUUGAGAAGACGCCGGCCAGCCACUGGGACGUCGUCCUGAUGGAUAUUACCAUGCCCGUGAUGAACGGGUACGAAGCGACGCAGCAGAUCCGCCGCAUCGAAUCGGCCCGCAGACAUGCGAAGCCGUCGCGCUCGCCGUCUCACCGUACCAAAAUUUUUGCUCUGACUGGCCUUGCCACCUCGGACGACAAGCGCCAGGCGUUUGCCAGUGGUGUUGAUGGAUAUCUAGUAAAACCUGUAUCUCUGGCCAGUCUCGACCUCAUCUUUAAAAAGAUCGGAUUCUAG